AUGUUGGACAUCAGCGAGGACAGUCAACAUUCCACGAACAAAGCUCCACCACCAAAAAAACCACUGGAAGAUCAUAUGGAAAGUGUCAACAUGAAUGGAAGUCAUGUUACCCUUGUGGAGAACCUCCCAGUCGAAAAAGUUAAAAGCGGUGACCGAAUCGCCAUUCUUGAUUUCGGUGCACAGUAUGGAAAAGUUAUUGAUCGUCGCGUUCGAGAACUUCGUGUUCAGUCCGAAAUGUUUCCAUUGAACACUACUGCCAAGCAAAUUCUCGAUCUGGGCGGAUUCAAGGCUAUUAUCAUCUCAGGAGGACCGAACUCAGUUUAUGCUGUAGAUGCACCUACUAUUGAUCCAGAAAUCUUCACUUGCGGAUUGCCUGUUCUUGGAAUCUGUUACGGAUUUCAAUUAAUGAACAAGCUGAAUGGGGGAAAUGUUUCACGCGAACAUAUUAGAGAAGAUGGCGCAUGUGAAAUUCAAAUUGACACCCGUGUGGCGCUCUUUAAUGGGCUCGAUGAUGUAGAAACUGUGUUGCUUACUCAUGGAGACAGUGUAUCGGAUUCUACGGUUGCCCCAGAUUUUCAAGUUAUGGCAAAGAGUGGACAUCACGUUGCAGGAAUUUGUAAUGAGCAACGCAAGUUGUACGGUGUCCAGUUUCACCCCGAAGUAGAUCUCACUACUCACGGAUCAAAAAUGUUCGAGAAUUUCUUGUUCAAAAUCGUCGGAUGCUGUGGGAACUUUACCAUUCAAAACCGCGAGCAAGCUUGUAUUGAUGAGAUCAAAAAUAUUGUUGGCGAUAAGAAGGUACUGGUCAUGGUCUCCGGUGGUGUUGAUUCCGCAGUAUGCGCCGCUUUGCUCAGUCGUGCUCUUGGACCGAAUAGGGUAACAGCUAUUCACAUCGAUAAUGGAUUCAUGCGUCACGAGGAAAGUGAUGCUGUUGAGAAAAGUCUAGCUGCUCUCAACUUGCCUGUUCAUAGAUACAAUUAUGGAACAACUUUUCGCUCAAGCGGCGAGCAUGCACAAGAAGGAGAGAUGUCCUUAGACGAGUGUGAUGAUCCAGAGUUGAAAAGGAGAAUUAUUGGAAACACCUUCAUUCGAGUUAAAGAUCUCAUUAUGAAAGACUUGAAUAUCACCCACGAAGAAUACUUCCUUGCUCAAGGAACACUCCGUCCUGAUCUUAUCGAAAGCGCGAGUGCUCUUGCUUCUGGUCACGCGGACACGAUUAAGACCCAUCACAAUGAUACAGCCCUAGUUCGAGAUCUGCGGAAUUUAGGAAAAGUUGUGGAACCACUGAAAGAUUUCCACAAAGAUGAAGUUCGCGAGUUGGGAAAAGAUCUCGGGCUCCCCGAACAAAUUGUACAACGCCAUCCGUUCCCAGGACCCGGACUUGCUAUUCGAAUUCUUUGUGCAGCUGACAGACGUCCAGAGUUCUACUUCGAUCUACCAGUUUUCGACGAAGAGGUACAUGGUUCCAUUCAAGAGCUAACUGAGAAGUUGAUCAGUGCUGCUGUUAAUCCGAGUCAAGGAAUCUACGAAUAUCAUCGUCUGGAGAAAGCUCGAACUGAUACUUUGUUAUCCCUCUCGCAAAGAGAUAGAAUACUCGCUGAAAAACAAACGUUUCAAAUCAGUGCACACGUUCUUCCAAUCAAGACAGUUGGAGUGCAAGGCGAUGCUAGAAGUUACUCGUAUGCAGUCGCGUUGUCUACUGAUGAACGUCCGAUUCCAUGGCAACUUCUCUUCGCAUACGCGUCAGUAAUUCCAAAACUGUUUCACGGAAUCAAUAGAGUGUGCUACGCAUUUGGAAGGAAAAUCGAAAAUUCUAUUGAAGAUCUGACUCGAACUCUCCUUGUUCCACAAAUAGUUACAAAACUGCAAAUGGCGGAUCAUAUUGCAAGCAAUGUGUUGUUUGCACGUGAACCUGCUUAUACCGGAGUUACUCUUCAAAAUGUAGGACACAAAAUUCAGCAGAUGCCCGUUGUACUGCUACCUAUCGACUUUGAUCGCGAGAAAUGUGCUGCUGGUUCAUACAAACACUCAAUUGUUCUCAGACCUUUUGUUACUUCCGAUUUUAUGACUGGCCAAGCAGCAAUUCCUGGAAUUCAUAUUCCGGAAGAGACAUUACUCGAGAUGGACUAUGCUAUCAGAAGCAACGUUCUCGGAAUUUCUCGAGUUCUUCUUGACAUGACUUGCAAGCCACCAGGAACCACCGAAUGGGAAUAA